GGGUAAGUUUGUUUGGGUUAUUAGACUACUUCUUUAAACAAGCCUGCUAUCUUUGUAGACGAUUUGUGUGAUAUGUUUAAGUUCUGACGAAGGUGUAUAUGUGAAGGAGAGCAAAACGGCAAAGGGGAGGCAAAUUCCUGCUGUUAUCAUCCAGACAGAUAGAGGGACCGCCAAGCAGGGGGUUUUGAGGAUGGUUAGGAGACGGAAUGUGAGCAAUGGCAAAUCUAAUGUCCCACAUCUUCAGGCGCAGAAAACGGCAGGUAUUUUUGAAGAUCGGUCAAAUAUGAGCAACGGCACGUCUAAGGAUAAAGGCAAGGAAAAGGCGAGUGAGAUGGUGGGUAGUGAAUGGGGGAAAGAACCUGGGAAGACAGAGGGCGGUGGUAUAGGAGUACCAUCGUGGCAGGAACAUCGAGUUGAUGAAUGGGGGUCAGUGAAGAGUGGCACAAAGGAUGCCCCUGCACAGGAUGCUAGUAAUAAAUGGAACACUUGGACGUCUGGAAAUGAUGCACAAGAGAAAAACGAGAUAGACAAGACAUCUUCUGCGAAAGACGGCAAUGAGUGGGAGGGUUCAGCGGGCGAGAAACCGAAAGACGAAAAUGAAGGCAAUAAGGAUUCCACAGAUAAGGAUAGGAGUACAGAUUGGAGUGACUGGGCACCUGCGAACCCUACAGGUGAUGACAACACAGAUUCUUCAAAGAAAGACAUAACAUCAGAAUGGGAGUCAUGGCCAGCGGCGGAUUCCAGAGACGACGAGAAUGAGAGCAACAACAAGCCUUCAGAGAAGGAUACGAGUGAUGGCUGGGAAAGCUGGACAGAUGAUAAGUUUAAAGCAGAUGGAGACGAUGAAACAAGAUCCUCUGAAAAGGAUGUGGAUAGCGAAUGGACGUCGUCAUGGGUACCUGCAAAUCCUAUAGGCGAUGAGGAAAACAACAAGGAGUCUUCAGAGAAAGACCCUUGUUUGGAAUGGACUUCACCGGCUGCUGUUUCUAACGAGGAAAAUAACAACAAAAAUAAAUCAUCAGAGAAGAACAGAAAUGAUGAAUGGGGAGAAUGGACGGCUAAAAACCCCGAGGACGAGAACGCCGAUGACAGCAGUAAAGACCAAGCCGAAGCUAGUUCUUCUCACGACAAUACUUAUAAUGGGAAACAAGGAAAGCACAAUCGCAACGGAAGGAACAACCGCAAAAAUAGAAAGGCAGACAAAAGGGUAUCAUUUGCAGACAAUGAUACUGAGAAAACAGGGCAAAGAGGUAAUGACUCUGGUUCUUCUGAGUGGACGGGUCUAACGGGUAUAAACCUUGACGGCUCUGGAGACAUCGCAGCUAAUAUUGGAGAAGAUAAAGGCAGCAGUGACAUGGAGACAAUUAAACAUUUCCGUGAUGAGCAGAAAAUACCGGGUGCUUGGCCAGUAGCCAGCAGACAAGAAAUCGAGGCCGAGGAUGAGCCCAACAAGGUCGACUCCUGGCAACGCGUUCGAGGUGAGAGAACAGAGAUAGGGAAAAACAGACCAGACAGACAGAGUGAAUGGGGGUGGGCAUGACUCUCCCUCGAAGACGAGCGUCGCGUUAAUUAAUUCCCAUCGUGAAUCUCUAGCUAAUA